AUGGCUACUACACCAACAAUGGACGAGUACAGACAAAUACUCAAAUCCCGAGACGAGCACAUCCGAGAAUCAUGGAUCAAAGCUAUGGAAGCAAGACUAGUCAGAGAAGAGUUACAAAAGUGUUAUAGGGGUGAAGGUGUAAAUCAUCUGCAGAACUGUAAGGAUUUGGCUGAGAAAUAUGCAGGUAUGAUCAGGGAGAAUAAGGUGAAAGGAUACAAACAAAUCGAUGAGAAUAUGCCAUAA